AUGAGGCAUUGGAGCGACAAAAUGAGACAAAGCUCAUUGCUUGUCUUACCUGGCUCUGGCUGCCUCCUUCGUUUGCUGGACCGAAAGAAGAAUGUUGAAGUACCAACGGCAGUGAAGGCUUGCAUCAUCGACGCCCUGAGAAGCACAAGCAGUGAAGGUCUAAGCAAAGGCACAACUUCCCUACGCCAGAGCCAAGAUGGCCGAAGCCUACUCUGGGCCUGCAACAACGGCAAAGGUACUUCUGACACCAUACUUGUGUGGCACAUCGCCACGGCCAUCCUUGAGAUGAGGCAUCUGCACCAUCAACCUGAUGACGAUCCUCCUCUGCAAACACUGCAUGGUGGCAGGUCUUUUUCUGUUUCCGAGAAGAAGACCGCCGCCACUCACCUGUCGCACUACUGCGCGUAUCUGGUGGCCUCCUGCCCCGAGCUACUUCCUGAUGAUGACGCAUGUAGCAAGUACCUCUACAACAAAGUCAAGAAGGACACUGACCGAGCCCUCGCCAUCGGCAGCGGCACACCGGUGUCGCCCAUGUCACCAGAAGCGGGGUACCGACAGCUGAUCGAGAUGUUGGGCGCUACACAGAAUCAUGAGGUGCUCAAGGAUGCGGCGAAGCUCGCGAAGCAGCUCGGGGAGGUGGCCGGAGGCGAAGAAAUAGUGUGGGAGUUGCUGGCCGGGUUUUGGUCAGAGAUGGUCCUUUACCUGGCUCCGUCGGACAACCUCAAAGGGCACCUGCAGGCCAUCGACCGGGGCGGCGAGCUGAUCACGCUCCUCUGGGGCUUGCUCACCCACAUCGGGAUCAUCGACAGACCUGGCGACACCGCUGCAAGUGCUUCAGCCACUGGUGUUUAA